AUGGAUCCUGCUUCCUUUAAUUCCAAUCCAAGUUUUGGAAUGACGCUUGAAGAGAAGCAAAGUUAUAGAAAGUUUCAAGACAAUUCUGCACGACAACGACAAGAAUCACAUGUAUCCAAUCCUAGCUUCGACAUGCACAAUACAACGCCAAGAUCAGUCCCGACAACGACAAGACCUCAAAUCCCCAUUAAUCGCAAGCGUUUUCCAGUAGAACGGUCUUCCCACUACGAACUGUAUGCGGCGGCUUCUGAUGAUGAAUAUUUGGGUGGAAGGGGUCCCAGCAUUCCUCCAACACCAGCUCCUACAAAUGAAUCUGAUGAUUCAACCCACAUAUCGUCAUCAUCCCAACUACCGACCUUUCCUCUGUCUUCUGGAUUUAAGAAUAAUUCGCAAGGGGAAGCAUCCGUGACGUCCAGUAGUUACUCAUGCAAGAAGCGGCCUUUGCACGUGAGAGAAAACCCCUUUUCAGAUGAGAACGACAACGAGACCUACGCGGAAUCCCAGCCGCCAUCGUUGUUGAACUACGUCAACUUUGUUUGCUUUAUGGCUAGUGCUACCGUUGCAUAUUUACAAGGACCCAAAGUGGAAGAAGUCAUGGAGUCCCAUGCUACCCUGUUGACACCCGCCUACUUUGUGUCGGCCAUUUCUGGCAUUUUGUACAUAUCCACGGGGAUUUGGGCCAUUGCGCAAAUAUUUGGUACGACCAAACAUCAUGAAUUGGUUGUCGAUGUGGUCAGCUGGUGGUACUUGACUAUUACGCCACUGCAAAUUGCAUGGUACUAUCUCUUUUCUUUUCAGCUGUUUGCCUUUGCGCUGGGCGUCGUGUUGGUGCAGCUUGGCAUUCUUUUAUUUGGAUUGCAACCGCGAAUAUCACAGAUAAAAUCCAACAGUCCACCCGAAUAUCUAACGCUCAAGCUACCCUUUGAUUUGUACAUUGCCUGGACGAUUGCCUCGAGUGCUAUACAAAUCAAUGUCGCAGCAUAUGCCUGGAAAUUGACGACCUUUUAUCAAAUCGUUGUGGCUGGGAUUUCCUUGUUUGGCGUUUUUGCCUUGGCUAUUUGGUUCAUCCUGAAUACGAGUGGUCAAUGGGCGAUUCCAAGUGUAUUGGCAUGGACUUGCUUAGGAAUUUCUGUCGAACUGGAGCGACCAGGCCAUUUGGUGUCCAUGGUGGAACGCUACUCUUCCACAACCAUCACUAGUUUCCGACUUGCGUCGUCGGCCGUGGCCGCAUCCUUAGUCCUUGCUACAGUGCUUCAAAUUGCCAUGUUUCGGCAAGAAAAACAAGAAAUUGAAAGUUUCAAAAGGGCUUUUGAAGAGACACGAUCGACGGGAACAGUUACUACGGCCCCACCCACACCUGCAGUGGCCAUUUACAAAAUGACGGGGGGUCUUGUGGCAGUGGUGGCAAUGGCAUUCCUGUUGGCACCAAACCAUCCUCGAGUUACUACUGUAGCCAUGAUUGGAAACUCCAUGAUGUACUACAACGAUCUGCCGAAAGUGUUGGAAGCGAUGAGUGAAAGAAAGCUGGGGGACAACACAACCAAGGCACUCUAUCAGGAUUCUUCUUUACAUGGUGAUGCAGACUUCGAAGUUCAUCUUCAAUCCGGAAAUGGUAUGUACGAAAAGUGGCAAACCGGAAACGCUCGCAUUUGGUCGAGAGCCAAGAAUUACUACCUUUAUGAUUGGGGGGCCUGUACACCAGAGCAACUCUUACUCGGAUAUGAUGAGCGUUUGGAGGCCAUUGCUUACACUUACGCCGGUGGUGACGACAACUUUGGAGAUGACGCUGUAUAUGGUGAUGAUGCUACCAAUGGAAAUGGAGACAAUCAGAACAAUGUAAACGAAGAAAAUGAAGCGGAGAACAAUGGAGAAAAUCGACAAUUAGAAGACCGGGAUGGCAUGUACAACUAUGGAGACGACUGGAACUAUGACGAUCGAAUCGAGCAGGAAGUUUCCGACAUUAAUCCAUGCCACGUCAACUUGAAUUUCUACAAGUUUUACCAGGAGAAGUACGAACAGAAUGGUCCACCGAAAUGGGAUUAUGUUCUGAUGAAUGACAAUACCCGCAGUCCGUGCUGCACGGACCAGAGAGCUACUUCGAUGGAAAUGUUGAAAGAAGCCUAUCUUCCGCUUUUCCUCGAAACUGGUGCCACUCCCAUCUUCUUGGUGACCUACGGGUAUUGGGCAUCGGCUCGAGAUAUGUCUGGAUUGAUUGAUAUUCCAACUUUUACGAGUUAUACCUAUGCUGGAUAUCGGGCAUAUGUGGAGAUGUUGUCCGAGUACCUACCGAAGUCACAGAAACCCAAAAUAGCUCCUGUUGGAUUGGCAUUCCUUCUCAUUUAUGAGGAAAAGCCAUCGAUGUGGGAGAAGCUCAUUCACUUUGACGAAAUUCAUCCUUCUCCAAGAGGAACCUUCUUGGAGGGUUUGGUAGUAUAUCAUUCAAUUUAUGGUCACUUGCCAUCACCAAGGACCGUGUUGUCGGAUCAAGGUGUAUCUGUUCUUUGGAAUGGAGCCCGGCGGAUGGUUCCAGACGAUCACGGAUUGAAGGCCUUCCCCAAUCGAGACGAAGCAGCUUACUUGUACCAUGUUGCUCAUCGGAUAUGUAUUGAUGGAGAAAUGCCAAAGUCACUAACCUUUUUAUCCACAUCCGAGUCCAUUGACUUCACACCUGACGACUCGCAAUACGAAGAUUUGUACAUUUAUGGGGAAAUGAGACGAGACCGAUAA